AUGAACGAAGUGAUUGCAAGAGCCCGAUCCGGAGCCCAGCCAGCACCUGUAGCGCCCGUUGCGCCGGUGGCCGCCGCUCCUCCUCCUCCUCGAGCCCAGAGCCCGCCUGCGUAUGCGAGGCCAUCGUAUGAACCGGCGUAUACACGCGGCCCUGCCGUAUCUGCCCCUGCGCCAAAAGCCGUGUCGCAACCACAAGCAACAACCGCGCACAGAUUUCAACAGGAAGAUCAGCCCAAUUUCCGCCGCGAUCUGCCGAGUUAUCAGGCCUCCUCUGGCGCCCCACACACCAAGAACGUUUACAACCAGGAAAAUUCGGGCAGCUACCCCCCGCAGCAGCCGCAAUACAAUCAACAUUAUGAAGCCGCGCCGCGGGCCCCGUUGCUUUCCGUACCCCCUGCUACCAACACAACGAUGGAUAGAAAUGGCUCGGCUGCGUCGGACGGUCCGCCGCAGAUUGGUGGUUAUUUCGCCGAACGGGCCCCGUCGAAUGCCAAGGUGGAAACACCGUCUCCAUUUGGCAGCCCUCCACAAGCCCCGAUUUCCAAUGGACGCGGCUUGUUGAAGCCGCCGGGCGGCGACUAUCAACAGCCACCCAGAGAUCCCUUUCCGCCAUUGUACCGGGGAUCUUCGGGAGAUGUUAAACCCAACAACCCCGAUCGCGAAUCCAAUCGAGCACCACCAAUCCCCCCGACUCAGCCCUUUGCUGGUGAAAGCUGGAAACGCCCGGAGCAUGAGACCGCCGCUGCGAUGCCGCCAUUGGCAAAUGGCCCAAAUGGGGCUGGUGAUGCUCCAUUCCCAUGGGCCAACCGUUUCGAAGGAGCACCACCGCCGUCGUCCACCGCUUUCAACGCGUCUCGCCCGCAUUUCCCGGAGAUGCCCCCACAUCAUGGUGCCCCGACCAUGCCACCAAAUUUCCCGCCGGUCGCUGCUGCCCCGCAGAUGCCCCCUAAUAUGAUCCCUCCACCCGCCGGCCCUCAAUACAUCGAACUCACCCGGCUUCCCAACGAGAUGCACAAACCGAUCGCUCUCGAGGAAUGGAUUCGCCCGUCCGUGCCUUUCAAGCUCUCGUCUGUCAAGGUUGUCUACGAUCCGAACGGAAUCCAUCUUCAUUCCAUCGUGCGUAUCGAAGGCUUCAGAGACGCGCAAGAGUUGCUUUCCAGGAAUAAUGAGCUCGGAAUUAAGAUCCGCCGGACGACCGCGAAAGCCUUUGAUGAAGCAAUCGACGGGAUGCCGCCCGGUGGUGGUACAAUGCCGAUGAAUAUGCUCCCAUCACCCCCGCGGCGACGCUCAAGGAGCCCAAGGCGCCGUCGUAGCCGAAGCCCGCGUCGUGAUGGCGGUGGAAGGAAUCGGCAGGGACGGCGGGGGAGGAGAAGAUCACGCAGUCGAUCACCAAGAAAUCAGCGUUCUCGCUCUGUCCGCAGGCACCGACGGAUGAACUCCCGAACUCCAACCCCAUGCCGCCCGCAUCCUGAAGACGAUCCAAACCGCUUCAUGCUACAAGCCAACAAUAUGCCAUUCAAGUGCAAGGAUUUCGAGUUCAAAGACUGGGUCGGAGCUCGAUGCAAAUUCGCCAAACGCACCGCAUUCGAGGAUGGGAAUGCCAGUGACCGCUGGAUUUUGGAAUUCCAUUCCGCGACUGAACGCGAGCAAGCCAUGCAGAAGGACAAGCAGCCCUUCCUUGGACGUCGCAUCAGGUUCAAAUGGAUCGGCUCGAAAGAAGCGGACGGAUACCUACAAAUCCCCGACCGGUUCGGCGAACAGAAAACCAUCGAAUACAAUAUCAAGGCGGCCAUCGACGGCACCGUCGACACCGAUCCCGGUAGAUUUGGAGCGUUCAGUGCACCAUCCUUGACGACUGGCGCGCCGCCGUUUGUUCGCGGUAACUUCCCACCCGGACCGCCUGGCCCUCAUCCCCCCGGCUUUGGUCAGGGUCCCACUCCUUUCUUCAACAAUGGCGGUCAUCCCCCAAUGAUGGAUAUGGAUAUGGGCUUUCGCGGCGGCCAUGGAGGCCCGGGUCGAGGUAUGCCACGUGGACGUGGGUCUUUUGGGCCACCGCCGGGUGCUCGUGGCGGAUUCCGGGGACCGAUGCCGGGACGGCCUUUUGAUGAACCGCCAAUGGGUGGACCCCCAAUGCUAAGGAAUGAUGUCGCGGAACGAGGACGGAACGGCUUUCGCGGUGGAAUCGGACGUCCGGGUCCUAAUGGCCCGCAUCAUGGACAUGGCGAUCGGCAGGUGGCAAAGGUUGAAGUCGAUGGCUCGUUGGCAUCUGCCCUGGGCCCCUGUGGUUCAGUGCUGCUGAGCCGUGGAUUCGACAAUGAUGUGUGCCUAGAAGAUGUAAUCGGCUUCUUUGACGGCUAUCCCUUGGAUCACAGCACUAUUCGAAUCCGCAUGGAUGAGCGUGGAAUGCCGACCGGCGAUUGCAUGCUCGCAAUGCGCGAUCCUGAGGCAGCGCAUUCGGCGGCUCUAACACUUGACGGCAAACGCUUCAAACGAAACCCGAUCUCCGUGGCGCUGGCCAUGUUC